CUUUUCCCCUUACAGAUGGAUCGUGUCAUUUUUUGUGUAUUUUUGGAGGUUGACUACAAAAUUUACAAGAAGAAAAUGAAUGAAUUCUUCCCUGCAGAGGGAGUGGAGCAGAAAGGCCAGUCUCCUUCACCCGUGAAAUGCAAAGCAAAGCAAUCGGAGGACCUGGAGGACAAUAAUGAGGGUGACAACGUCACGGAGGCAAAGCAAAGUGCUGAUGAAAUCGAGAGUCAGAGUCAAGAAGCAGAUGAGGCGAAACCUACCGUUGUAAACAGCUCAACAGAUGGAGGAGAGAACGUUUGCAAGGAAAAAGAAUCCUCCCAAGAUGCCAAAGCUACACAAGAACAUAACCCAAUGCCUCAUGCAGUCUGUGAACAAGAUCAAGCUGACGGACACCAAGAUGAAUCCACAGAGGUUGAAAUGAACACUCAGACAGAUUCUCAAGUCUCCUACAUGGAAGCAGAAGAGACUUUGAUAACCCAGGAGGAGACCAUACAAGAAGAGAAACCACAGGCACCCGAGGUAGAUAGAACUAAUCAAGAAAACAAAGGGGAAGAAAAAGGAGCAGGAGAAGAAAAAGGGAAACAUACCGCAGAGCCGGUGCAACCCGAAGGUCCUUGUGAUACAGAAAACAUUUCAAGUAAUGACAUUGAAAUGAACAGUCAGGUUGAAGACAUAGACGAACCUACAGAAUCCCAGACAGACAAUUAAUUUGUAGACGACCAUGAUGAGAGAAGAGGGGAAGAGGAGAGUGGAACAAGAACUGCAGUCACUGGUGCACUACUG